CCGUUUUGCGUCAUCAAUUCGACCAAUCUGCGAUUUGAUUGGCUGUUUCGCGUUAUGCAUUUGACUUCAUUGUUCUUCGCUUUCCAAAAGUAGAGCGUCGUUAGUUUUUUCAUGACAGAGGCACUGCUAACCUUACCUUCCUCGGUUCGAUUGUCAGAGUGUGUCUGGCGAAUUUUAGGCCUUAACCCAGGAAAAUUUACUCUUCAAGGGACCAACACUUAUUUACUCGGUAAAGGCAGGAAAAAGCUACUGAUAGACAGCGGAGAAGGUGUGCCUGAAUAUGUUUCGCUCUUGAAACAGACAUUGCAAGAGUCUUCUCCCGAUGCCGCCAUUUCAGACAUUAUUAUUUCCCAUGGUCAUCGGGAUCAUUGGGGCGGAAUCCGUGAUAUCCUGUCUUCCGUUGAUUUGAAUCCUGAUAACGAUAUCCGAGUUCACAAGUUCCCUUUGUCGACAGGGAGCUGCUCGGGUCACAUGGAACAUUUUCCUUCCGAUAUCGAUUUGCAGCCAAUGCACCAUGGUCAAAUAUUCACUGCAGACGGAGUCACCUUACGUGUCGUUUACACACCGGGUCACACAAAGGACCAUUGCACUUUUUGGCUGGAAGAAGAACAGAGUUUGUUUACUGCCGAUUGUGUACUGGGUCAUGGCAGCGCAGUAUUUGAGGAUCUUUCCAGUUAUAUGGACGGUUUGCAACAACUGAGACAACUACAACCGAAAAAAUUGUAUCCUGGUCACGGUCCUGUUAUCGAAAACGGCGUUGCAAAGAUUGACGAAUAUAUCCAACAUCGACAAUACCGAGAGCAACAAGUUAUUCACUUGAUGAAGACAAAUCGUGAUCGUAAUUGGACGGUCAUGGAUAUCGUUGAAGAAUUGUACAAGGAUUACCCACCUUCGUUACAUCUACCAGCUGCAGGAGGCAUUGUCCUUCAUUUGAGAAAAUUACAGAAAGACGGUCUGGUCCGUACUGCAUGCGAUGUUCAAAUGGAGGAUAUGCGAACCAAAGUAUGGGAAUGGCAUGAUGAAGAAACCCCCAAGGUCUGAGACCAUAACAUCUGACUUAUCCAUACAUACCCUUUUGUGGCAUGAUACCUCGCCCGGCUAUGAUUGUAAUUUCUACCGUAGUAACCCGAUAGAUCUGUAGCAACUAUAAUACCACAUGUAUACGGGUUAAGAUAAAAAAUGCCAUGCUCGUUUAUUAAAGUGAUCAGUAGCUAACAAGCCGUACACCCGCUG